CAAAAACAUAGUGUUCGUAAACUAAGGCCAACAUUUCGUUUCAGUAUCUCGGCGAGAGGAAAGAGUCAUGUUUUCUCAAUUCGCAGUGCCUAUCUGCAGGUGUAUCGGCAGGUGUAUCGACAGGUGUAUCGGCAGGUGUAUCAGCAGGUGUACCGGCAGGACGAGACACCGGAACCGAGUGUUCCUGCUGUUUGUGGCCGUGUAUGGUCUGGUGUCACUCUACUGGUACCUUGUCCCACGCCUUUCUCCAGUCCCAGGCAUCCAUGACGACAACACAGGGCACCAGCGCAAGGUGCACGUCCACGGGAAUGGACAUGGCCGCCAGGGAGAGAGUGGGAGAAUCAAACCGAACCACGUUACCUCCAGGAAGAUCCAUCCGCUCCAACACCCCGCUGCUGAACAACUACCGGGACUGUUCAACUUCUCCAUGUUGAAGGAAGAUGAAGAGAGGCAUCCUCUUAUCAAUCUGCAUCAGUAUCAGUUCACCUUGAACUCUGACCUCUGUCUGAGAGGUCACGUGUAUCUCUUAACCAUUGUUCAUUCGGCCUUAAGUCAUUACAAGUUUCGACGUCGAAUCCGAGAAACCUUUGGAAGCAUUCGUAAAGCGGGGAAUAAAACUGUCGUUCUUGUAUUCUCUGUCGGAGUUUCCGAUAAUGCAACACUCCAAAGGGGUAUCGUACGAGAAGCUAACGAAUUUAAAGACAUAAUUCAAGGUAAUUUCAUUGAUGUUUAUCGAAAUCUGAGCAUCAAACACAUAAUGGGUUAUCACUGGAUGCUGAAUCAUUGUCCGCAAGCAGCCUUUGUAUUGAAGAUGGAUGAUGAUAUGUUUAUGAACCCAUAUGUAGUUGUCAAGUAUCUCACUCAUCUGAAGGACCAGACUAACCAGAUUCUAUGCGCCAUUGGUCACAGGUAUGUCCCAUGGAGGGAUCCUUCAGUGAAAUGGUACGUCUCAAAAGCCCAGUAUCCGUUUAGAAUAUGGCCCGAUUUUUGUCGAGGACUUGGUUAUAUUGUAUCCAAAGACGUCUUGUUCAAGCUUUACCAUGGCUCCUCAGUGACUCGCUUUGUACCCAUGGAUGAUGUGUAUGUCACAGGGAUUGUAAGAUCCAAUAUAGGCCUGAACGCCACAGAUUACGGGACUCUCAAAUACGAUUGUACGAGAGGGGUCCAGGUGUCCAAAUUCCUCAGUGCUGGAGUGAUGUACACAUUUGAUUCCUGUCUGAAGAUUGUGUUUAAGAAUUUGACAGCGAUGACAAUGCAUACUAAUGGUACUUAUCAUUUGUCUAUGGAGGACAAAAGUAUUUUUAUUUCAUAACUAUACUGAUGAAUGCAUGUCUUGAAUCUUAUACAAUUCACUGGGUUUCAGUGUCGCUGUUAAUUCGCAUUCGGCAUUAAUAUUAUUCUCACAAUAAAUCUAUUCCCUGAUACAUAGGGGAUAUCCCCUUGGGAGAUGUUGGCGCGUUCCUAUUGUCAACGAUAGUUGACCUAGAAGAGAUAUAGACUCGACGAUCAUGUUUAUCUAUCAUCGAAAUGUUUUUCAUAGACUUGUAAAUUUGGUUUUGAUAGAUAAUAUAUUUCAGAACUACUGAUUACAUAACAAGUCAACGCCAGAGAAUAACCAGUCUCGAUUAUCCUACAAACCAGAUUCCACAGGACGUAAAAGGCAAAAUAGCUGUAAAAUAUAAUAUGGAUGCAGAACUGAAUAUAGUGACGAGGGUUAUAUCCCAUUAGUUAGACGUCCCAUUAGUUAGACGUCCCAAUUGUUAGACAUUUCUAUUUAGGCAAAGAGGGAAUAUACCUACAGGUGUAAUGGAUCAGUCCUAAUUAGAUU